UUGUUUUGGAUGCAGACUUUACGAGUGGUGUUAUUUUAAGAUGAAUUGAAAUUAAAUAAAUAUCACGAGUUACUUAAACCCAACGAUUCAAAAGGUACUUCCUUGCCAAAGAUGAUCAAGUUACAAGGUAAGAACCUCUGUGAAAGACACAAAGAGUUUAAUAUAAAAGUGAAUGAAGCGGCUAAAAGUGAUGUAGAUUUUAGAGUGUUAAAAACUAUUAAAGAACAUUCUGAUGUUGACCGUCUCUUCAAGAUAGACCUUGCAUCAAAAUGCAGAAACAUUGAUUUUAUUAUAGACCAACUGAAAUGUGGUGACAGCUUGUAUAUCACUAGAGCUCUCAGAUGUGCAUGGAUGUAUGGCAAUGAGUAUGCUCAUAUAUUCAACCCAAGUUAUUUACAUGACAAAAUAUUCUCUUUAAUGUCUGUAAAAAUGAAGCACAAGACAUUGACUGCAAUAUCUGUUAAUGUUAGGAAUGAAUUCAGGGCACAAGUUUUUUAUGAAUACUGUAUGAACCAGAAAAUGACAAAACAUGCUUAUAAAUUUUUGAUGUUUACAUCCGAGUCCUUCAAACAAAAGUUCUUGAGUAAUGAAGAGAAUUUUAAAAACACAAAGCAUCAGCAUUGCAUCUCCUUAAUCGGCAAUUCGUUUUUAUUGGCUGAAACAUAUGGUAAAAUGGGAGGACAUAUUAAAAAUAUCUCCUAUUUGUAUUCUAUCGAUGAGGACAAGUACCUAGACCUUUAUGAGAAGUACACCACACCUCUAAAUUAUAUGGAACAUGUAAGAGUAGGAGCAAAGAUGUCGAGAAGUAUUUUGAAAAAACACAAAAACAGGAUACUGAAAGACCCUCUAUUGUAUUUGAGCAUGCUAAAAACGAGUGAAGUGAUAAAGUGCAGUUCACCUGAAGAUGCACAGGUUUAUGCUACGGCUCUUCUACCAAAUGAUGUCAAAGAAUUCUGGGAAACAAAUUAUUAUGUCACAUACAAGUACAUUUUAGAUUUAAUAAAAACAGAUCUGUUUAAAUUCAUAAAAGAAAUAUUUAACAAGAAGUAUCCCUCUGAAGAAUUUGAAAUGAGUAAAGAAUUCUUUAUCUUAGGCUAUUAUGAUUUAUUUAAUGAGAAAGAUAAAGAAAUAUGGGCUUUAUUGCAUUUGGAAAAGCAAUUAGGGAUUGUACCCGAAUAUGAGUAUUACCGCUGGUUUGAGUUUGUCAGCUUCUCAAAAACUUUUGAAGUGAUCAAGAAGAGGAUUUUGGAUGCUACGGAAUGGCAUAAAAAGUUCGAAUUGUUAAUGUUUUUAGUGAAAUCCGCAAAAACCUACAAAGAAAUAUCAAAGGUUCUAAAUUAUUAUUAUGAGACACAUGCAGAUGAAAAAAAAGAAAGGACACAAAGUUUUUUAGAAUAUGUUGUUGAGCAACAUAAUGUGCUUGAUUUUCCUGAUGCUUGCUGGACUGUGUUUGAUAAACUCUUGAACAGUAUUGGGUUAUAUGCAUCCUUUUGCAAACACAAUAUACUCCUUGACAUUUCAAUUCUGUACCACAUUAUAGCGAAUGAGCCUUUUCCGCAUUUUGAUUUGACUGACUACAUGAGUGGGACUUUCUAUUAUUGUUUGGAAAUGUUGCCUUGUAAUAAUAAACUGAGCAAAAGAAAACGAGAACAAGUCUACGAUUAUAUGUUGAAAUUUUAUAUUAACAAAAUUGCAUUUUAUGAAGCACAGGAUUACAAUGAGUCAAUAAAAAUUGAAAUUCGACCAUAUUUGAAAAACCUGGCAAGUUUGAAAUAUUACUUUGAAAAUAAAGACGAAUAUCCGAGCUUUGUUAUAAAAUUUAUGAAUUUAGAUCAUGAAAAUUUCAAAAAUAAUUUACAAAUCAAAGACCUAGUUAUUACAGAGGGAUAUUUAAUUCAAUGUUUAAAACAGGAUCCCAAAGUGAUCAUUGACCAGUUUAAUUUAAUUCAGGAGAAUAUAAAGUGGAAAGGAAAAUCUAUAGCUAGCAGAUUUCACGAUAAAAUGAAAAUUUACUUUUCGGAAGACCUGGCGAAGGUAUAUUUAAACUUGUGUAUGAAAACUCUUGAUAAUAUCUCAAGAGAAUACCCCACGGCUGAGAAGAAGAAGUUAGUAUUUGUUAAUGUUUAUGCGAUAUUUAAACUCGGCGGCGAAUUUCUUAAAUCUCAUUUUAUGGAGAUGCAUGCACCUGUAGGCCCUAGAAUAGGUUGGAGGAGAGAUAGUUAUGAACAUUUUGUCCGAAUGGCCAUUUGUGCUUUCCAGGGUUGUUCUCGACCACCAGUGCCAUUCACUAAAACUCGUCCUUACAUCAGAGGGGAUUACUUGCGUCAUAGUCAUGGCUUAAUUAACAUGUAUCUCGUGCAGUUGACUCCGGACUUACUUGUCGCAUUUAUAAGAUUACUACUGAUUUCACCACUAUCAAUUCAAAGGGUAGGAUUAUGGUUAGCUUUCUAUGUUUCAAAAACAAGCGGCAAGACAAACCUAGUCGUAUCUGUGUGGCAGAAUACGAAAUACGUUUCAGUGCGAAAAAAUCUUUACAAAUUAAUUAUUGAAAGAAUCGAGAAAAAACCUAAGCAACGUCAAGAAACAUUCGACGUUCUGCUGAAGCUUACGUCCAGCGUAAAAAAUGGCGAUAAUGAUGAAAUAUUUCAAUAUUUCGACGGAGAUGAAUUACCUGAAUAUCUACGAAAUUCAUAUUUACAGACUGCCUGGAAAGCUGUAUCGGCACUGCCGGAAUCUCAAGAAAAUGAUAAACGUAAAGUCCUGGUUAUAAAUUCAAUGAUAAUUAAAAUAAGAUUGUUGGGCGAAGGGUUUGUUUUAUCUUUGAUCAAAGAUUUCCUUCAAAAAAUAUGGAUUGAUCUAAAACAGAGUUCGAGAGAAAAAUGCAUGGCUAAUAAUAAAUUGUCUAUCGCAAUGUGGAGAUUUAUAUCUCAAUAUAUUCUUGAUAUUCCGAACGAUGACAAAGAAAGUAAAACUAUGAAGAUUGUAGAAACUAUCAUAACUAAAUGCUUUCAUCACUGGAACGAAAAGCAUGAUGGAGAAUAUCCAUUCCAAUUAUUUUUCAAAGAUUUUGUAAAUAAACUCGAUCUAGAAGGAUCAUGCACCAAAGCAGAAUAUAAGAGAUUAACUCAUAUUUUCGAAUACAUGGUUAAAUGUUUUGAAGAUAGGUUCGGUAUAACUGAAAUGUAUUCAUACUUUUGGGAUUGCCAACUGUUGUUGUUAACAAGGAUAGCUAUAAACGGAGAAGAGGAACAUGAUAGAGAUGUUCAUAUCCGUUUCGGGUUAGAAGUCGGAAAAUUUAUAAAAAAAUUGAAAGAAAAGAAUUGUUACUUCGUUUCAUUCUUACGAAAAAUUGUCGGUAAAAUAACGAAAUGUAUGGAAUAUUUGUGUAAAUAUAAAGCUCUGCCAUUGACUGAUCGAUAUGUUAAGAUUCUUGUAGCGUAUGGACUAACUAUUAAUGGGAUGCACGAGGCAAAUGUUGUUGCACUUGAGAUAUUACCUGAAGACCUGUCGGAUGGCCCUAUAAAUGAAGCCGAAUUGCAACAAGUGAUCACGAGAAUUAAAAUACAAAAUAAUGCAGAACUCAACGCCUUAAUGAACGAUAAGUUUGUGUAUAACAAUUUAAAAUCAAGUAGAAUGACAUGAUAAUUAAGUAUAUGUAAGUUUUAGGUAUCUUGGACAUUGAACAUUGAAAUCUGUGAUGUUAUUGUGAUUUAGUUACUACUUAAUAUAGAUAUAAAUAACGUGAUUUAGUGAUUAAGAUUUAUGACAAAGGUAAUACCUCCUGUUUAAUUUCUUGUUUAGUAUAAAAAGUAAAAACUGUAUUGACUGGUCAAAAUAUUCUUUAAAAUGUUAAUCCAUAUUGUGAUCAUUAUUGUUAACUGAUUUUUCCCCUCACUAGCUCGGAAACA